CCGUAUUCGAGCACAGUACCAUACAGCAACCAUGACUGGACGUGGCAAGGGAGGCAAAGGACUCGGAAAAGGAGGCGCCAAGCGGCAUCGCAAGGUUCUGCGUGAUAACAUCCAGGGUAUCACCAAGCCCGCCAUUCGUCGUCUGGCUCGACGUGGUGGUGUCAAGCGUAUCUCCGGUCUCAUCUAUGAGGAAACCCGCGGCGUGCUGAAGGUGUUCCUGGAAAAUGUGAUCCGUGAUGCUGUCACCUACACCGAACAUGCCAAGCGCAAGACCGUUACCGCUAUGGAUGUCGUCUACGCUCUGAAGCGGCAGGGACGCACUCUCUACGGUUUCGGAGGUUAAAUUGCACUCCAAUAUUUCCCCUCAAAA